CCGACAUCCACUCCAUCUGGGAGCUCGAAUACUCUAUUGGACAUGCAGACUGUUCUGCAAAGCCGCUUGGGCUUCAUUGUUACAAGCGCGGGCAAUGCCUCUACCAUCCCUCAAUGGCUUUCGACUUUAGGUCCGGACGGAAAAUGGCCAGCUUCGGAGGUAGAUUAUACCACGGGCUGUGCUGCCCAGCGCGCCAACUGGCCUGCUCAGACCCAUUGGCUCCGCAUUUUGACUAUGUCCGCUGCAUGGCACGGCGGCAUGGCUAACAGUCAACAAUAUGUCAACAACUCCGCCCUCGCCAGCGCAAUCUCUUCGGCGAUGAACUAUUGGUUUCAGAACGACUUCACGGAUCCAGGCUGCCUCGACGGAGGCGGCACCGGUAUCUGUCCAUGUGGUACUCCUGGUCUCUGGAACACAAACUGGUUCUCCAAUGUUAUCCUGAUUCCGCGACUGGUGGGAGAAAGCUGUCUACUUUUCAACGCCUCCCUCAGCGAUGCACAGAAGAAAGGCUGCACCACCAUAUCUUCCCGCUCAUAUGACACAUUCUAUGAGGGUCCCAAAGGUUACCUAUCCGGCGCUAACAUUCUGGAUGUGGCGAAGAUCGGAAUAGAUGUUGCACUUCUGACGACCAACAUCACUUUGAUCACAGAAGCGUAUGGGCGUAUACAUGCAGAAGUCGUGAUCGAGCCUGGCAUAAUGGUCGACGGUAUCAAGGCCGAUGGCAGCUUUGGCCAACAUGGUGGCCUGCUCUACAACGGGAACUAUGGGAAAGAUUUUUCCAAUGACGUUCUUGAACUGGAGAUCGAUGCCGGAGGGACGCAAUUUGCAGCAAACCAAGGUUCGAAGGACGCGUUCACCUCACUGAUAGAUGGCGAUCAAUGGAUGAUCUACCGGAACGUGCUCACUAAUGUCCUUCAUUGGGAUUUUAGCACUUUGCCACGAUUCAUCACUUUCCCAGUAAUUGAUGCUCAAGCCACCGGUAGCCUCAACAUAAAUCUGACGGAGAUCCAACAAUUGGGGGAGCUUUGGAAUUCGACCACCCUAAAUGCAGUUUAUAAUGCGUUGGUUAAAAGAACCAAGAAUGCGAAUGCCGGUUACCUGAAGGGGUCCCGUGUGUUCUACGCCAACGAUUAUAUGGUGAGCUUGCUGCGCGAACCACUCACCACAUAUCACGUCCUCACCGGAGAGCAGGUGCAACGCGGGGAGGGAUAUGUGUCCACCCUCAAGAUGUACUCUACGAGGACGAAGAACACUGAAUGCACCAAUUCUCAGAAUGUAAACUUUAUACGAGGACAUCGCCGCCGCCUGGGACUGGAAUCUCAUCCCUGGGACUGGAAUCUCAUCCCUGGUACGACCGUCGACUACGGUGCCACGCCUCUAAACUGCGCGAACGCCGAGUGGACCGGCCUCGAGGAUUUUGUUGGAGGCGUAUCAGACGGGAACAUCGGCAUCGCCGCAAUGCGCUAUACCAACCCAUAUACCCGCGCACUGAGCUGGCAAAAGACGUGGUUCUUCCUCGCAGACGGUGUCCAGCGUGUCAUGGUCACGAGCCUGUCCAACGCUGGGGAUGCGCCAGUCUACUCCGUUCUCGAUCAGCGUAGGCACGACGGUCCCAUUUUCGUUAAUGGAUUUCCCGUUCCCGAGAACGUUUCUUCGGCGUCAUAUCCGUACACUACCUCGCUUUGGCACGGCAAUGUCGGCUACACCUUCGACGAUCCUUCCUUUGGACUGUCGUUAUCCGUGGGCGAGCGCACCGGUAACUGGUCCGCGAUCGGCAUUUCGACACAACCUCCGGCCACCGUCGAUCUCUUUGCUGCAUACAUCGAGCAUCAAGACUUGACCGCUCCUUUGUCCUAUACCAUCUUCCCUGGCAUCGAUUUCCGUUCCUUCCAGGACAAGAGCGAAGAUUGGCAACAUACUUUGCGUACCUUGCGAAAUGACGCGCUCAUAUCCGCCGUACUCGACGAAGAAAACGAUACCGUGUCCAUCGUAUUCUGGGAUGGGACGGGAGGCACUUUGCGCUUCUUUCUGUCUUCUGAAGACGACCCCAUCUCCAUCAGUUCGAACGGCAACUCAGCCAUCAUUUAUUCCUUUGGGACUGACAAGAUCACUGUCUCUGACCCAUCCCAGACCCUCACCAAUAUUCAGGUCGACAUUACUCGCGGGUGGGCAGGCGAUACUCGAUCCCUUGAUAUCGAUUUGCCCACUGGCGGGAAGGCAGGGAGUAGUGUAUCGAUGGAUGUGCCUUAAAGUAUACCCAAGCUUGUGAAGAUAUAUCAUCAUGAUACCCCAGAACCGGAAUACAGAGCAUGCAGCUGCAUUGUUACAUACUAUGACAUGUACGCGCGAAAGGAAAGGAAAGUGAAUCAGAACUGGGCUGCCUGCUCGCCGUAGGGGGCCUGCUCAUACGCCGGCUCCUGUGGUGGAUAAGCAGCCUCCUCUGGCGCGGGCGGGGCAGGCUGAGGAAUAGCAGGUUCACGCUGCUCGGAGGAAGGCUCCGAGACGAUCUUGUCGACCGGGGGCUCGAGAAUCUGGACGGAGUCGGGAAGAGGCUUGCGAGGACCAAGCUGACCCUCGGG